AUGGCGCCUCAAGAGUCAGAUCCUCGACUGUCCUUCCAGGAGUCGAUGGACCUCCUGGAACUGCCCUCUGGGGACUCAGACAAGGGCACUGUGAAGAAGUACAUGGGAACGAGAGCCGCUUGGCUCCCGGGGUCAGACCUGCCCUUUCUAUCCGGGCUCGCAGGUCUCGGAAAGCCGUUCGCCAAGGUCAAGCACGGGGCGGCCUUUGGUGGUAACGUCUACAGCCAAGGGGCUCUGGCCACAUGCCGAGCUUUAGCAGAGGAGGAGGAGAAGAAGGGUCUGGCCAAUAACGAAAGACUCGGCCUCCAUACAAUCCACGGCUACUUCACCGCGGUCGGCCAGAUAGACCGCCCCUUCAUCUACACCGUCUCGCCGCUGAGCGCCUCCCGGACCUUCAGCACCUACACGGUGACCGCGCACCAGCCCGCCGCCCAGAGCGCCAACCCGUCAGGCGAUCCCUUCCCCGCCAGCGACGCCGCCGCCUUGCCCGCCGGCCCGCCGUGCUUCACGGCCAUCACCUCCUUCAAGCAGCCUGAGCCGCACAGCGGCGGCGCCAGCGUGGCCGAGGAGUCCGCGCAGUCGCGCUUCUCGCAGCUGCUCGCGUCGCGGCCGGCCCGGGACUGGCCACCCGCCCCGCCCAUCGACAUCGACGGCGUAGUGGCCAUGGCCGGCGCCGACGUGGUCGGCACGUUUCCCGUAGUCGACAUGCGCAAGGUAGACAUGGCGGCGCACAACGAGGGGCGGCCGCUGCACGAGCGCCGCGAGCUGCUGCUCUACCGGCUGCUGAAGCCGCUGCCGGCGGACGGGACGGACGGGUGGGAUGCCAACGCCCACGUACUGGUGCAUGCGUUCGAGGCGGACCGGAACGGGCUGCUGAUGCUGGGGAACCACCUGGGGUUCGGGUUCCGGUUCGGAAGAGCGGCGAGCCUGAGCUACAGCUUUGUGGUCCAUGUCAAUGUCGAGGAGGCGGUCAUGAGGUAUGAAGACCCCCGAUGGUGGGUGCAGGAGGUGUCUUUCCCGCGGGCCAGCGCCGGGAGGGGGGUUGUCAUGAGCAAGAUAUGGAGCCCUGAUGGCGUGCAUGUUGCGACCGAGUAUCAGGAUGGGUUGUGCCGGACGAUUAAUGAUGGAAAAGGGGAAGCGAGAGCCCAGAAGUUAUGA